GAUGGUUGUAGGGGAAAACGGUGUCCCAACCUGCGUUUCUGCUGGUUAUUUUGACAACAGCCAGUGAUUUGUAUUCCUCAGAGACAGACUGUGGUGCAGUGGCAGAAACCACCUCUCCUGCUUCUCUAGGUGCAAAAGGUCCACACCAACAGGGAGGAUUUCUGUCAACAAGAUCAAGAGCAAGAUGAAAGAAACAUCUCUGUUUUUUGUUGAGAAACCAGUUGUCCAGAUUGGAGCUGAUUAUUUUUGGGAGCUUUGUUUUUGAGGGGGAUAAAAGGGGAUAUUUCCAGAAUAUCUUACUACACUGAAUAUGACGGCCAGCUAGCCCCAGCAGGACCAUCUGAGUCAGGCAUGGCAUCGUCUUCCUACCUGGAACCUAGUCUCAAUCACUCUGCAGCGGGUGGUUGUGGGGUCAAGUCUCGACCUGGAAUGCCUGGUGGUCCUAGCACAAGCGGCUCUGCCGGAGGUCUAGAGCGGCCCCCAGGCUCCAUGGACAAGGUUCUCAAGAUCUUCCAUUACUUUGAGACUAACAGCGAACCAUGCACCUGGGCGAGUAAUAUCAGGCACGGAGAUGCCACAGAUGUCAGGGGUGUUAUCCAGAAGAUAGCAGAAAUCCACAAAUUGCGCUGUGUGUCCUCUUUGGGCCUCCGCUUAACCCAUUUGAAAUCUGACGCUCUGCACUGGUUACACCCUGAUUUGGGUGUGUCUCAUGUUAGAGAGAAAUAUGAGAAAAAGCAUCCCCAGGAGGAGUGGAGGUACGAGCUACGGAUACGGUACCUUCCUAAAGGUUAUCUCAGCCAUUUCUCUGAAGACAAACCUUCUCUCAACUACCUCUAUCACCAGGUGAAGAGUGACUAUAUGCAGCAUAUAGCAGACCAGGUGGAUCAAGAUGUUGCACUGAAACUAGGCUGUUUGGAAAUAAGGAGGUUCUUUAGAGAGAUGCCAGGCAAUGCGCUGGAUAAGAAGUCCAACUAUGAGCUACUAGAGAAAGAUGUUGGUUUGAGAAGAUUCUUCCCCAAAAGCCUGUUGGACUCCCUGAAGGCAAAGACUCUUCGUAAGCAGAUCCAGCAGACCUUUAAGCAGUUUGCCAACCUCAAUGAUGAACAAAGCAUCCACAAGUUCUUUGAGAUACUCACUCCCAUCUACCGCUUCGACAAGGAGUGCUUCAAAUGUGCUUUAGGGUCUAGUUGGGUUAUAUCAGUAGAGUUGGCAAUCGGACCAGAGGAAGGAAUCAGCUACCUCACAGAUAAGGGCUUGACGCCUACACACUUGGCUAAUUUUAAUCAAGUACAGUCUAUCCAGUACUCUGCUUUGGAAGAGAAGGACAGGAAAGGGAUGCUGCAGCUGAACGUGGCAGGGGCUCCAGAGCCACUUACUGUUACUACAGCAUUGCUGACUACUGCAGAAAACAUGGCUGACUUGAUUGACGGAUACUGUCGACUCGUCUCGUCAGUCACGCACUCCUUCAUUGUCAGAGUCAAUAAAGAGGGUGACAGAGCUCUUCCAUCUAUACCAAAAGUUUCAAAUCAUGAGAAGCGGAUGGAAAAACGGAUGGAUGGAGUACGAACACGAGCCGUUUGCAUAUCAGGUCACAUUAGUGGCGAUGAAACAGACGACUACGCUGAGAUCAUAGACGAGGAGGAUACUUACACCAUGCCUUCAAAAUACUAUGGACUAGAUCAAGCACGGGACUAUGAGAUUCAGCGGGAUUGUAUUGAGUUGGGACGCUGCAUUGGUGAAGGUCAAUUUGGAGACGUCCAUCAAGGAGUCUACAUCAGCCCGGAGAACCCAGCUCUAUCUGUGGCAGUCAAGACGUGCAAGAACUCCACAUCAGACAGUGUCAGGGAAAAAUUUCUCCAGGAAGCAUUGACCAUGCGUCAGUUUGACCAUCCUCACAUUGUGAAAUUGAUGGGAGUCAUCACUGAGAAUCCGGUGUGGAUCAUCAUGGAGCUCUGCACACUCGGGGAGCUACGAUCAUUUCUCCAGGUUAGGAAAUACAGUCUAGACCUGGCAACCCUCAUCUUGUACUCUUACCAGCUCAGCACAGCUUUGGCGUACCUGGAGAGCAAACGCUUUGUACACAGGGACAUCGCAGCGCGAAAUGUCUUGGUAUCUACGGUCGACUGUGUAAAGCUGGGAGACUUUGGUUUGUCACGAUACAUGGAAGAUAGCUCGUAUUAUAAAGCAUCUAAAGGUAAAUUACCUAUUAAAUGGAUGGCUCCAGAAUCCAUAAACUUCAGACGAUUCACUACAGCCAGUGAUGUCUGGAUGUUUGGCGUCUGCAUGUGGGAGAUUCUGAUGUAUGGCAUCAAGCCUUUCCAGGGUGUGAAGAACAACGACGUGAUUGGCAGGAUAGAGAACGGCGAGCGACUGGCUAUGCCCCCUCAGUGCCCUCCUACUCUCUACAGCCUGAUGACGAAGUGUUGGUCUUACGACCCCAGCAAGAGGCCACGUUUUAAUGAGCUCAAAACACAACUGAGCACGAUAUUAGAGGAAGAGAAGCUCCAGCAGAAAGAGAGGAACAGGAUGGAGAUGAGAAGACAGGUCACUGUUUCCUGGGACUCUGGAGGGUCUGAUGAAGCACCACCAAAACCGAGUAGACCAGGUUACCCCAGCCCUCGCUCGAGUGAAGGUUUUUAUCCUAGUCCCCAACAUCCUGGACACUACCAGAUGGCGGGGUAUCCUGGCCCUCACACCCUCCCCUCCGUGCCCAGCGCCCUGUACCCUCCACAAGCUGCUAUGCUGGAGACGCACCAUGCACACACACACCCCCGCCACCAUGUCCACACUCACUCGCACGCACAGCACCUUCCCCAGCCACAUCCGCAAGACAUGGCAUUAUGGGGCUCUGCUAUGGAGAUUUACUUGAAAGAAAAGGACUUGGCAGUAGACAUGCAGCAGUGUGUAGGCCAGCAGUGCCUGUUAAUGGAGGAACAGCUGAUGAUACAACAGCAGCAGAUGGAGGAGGAUCAGAGGUGGCUGGAAGAGGAGGAAAGGCUGCUGAAACCAGACACAAGAAGUUCUCGAGGAAGUCUGGACCGAGAGGAAAGUGGACUCCAGCCGCCGACAGGAAACCAGCACAUAUACCAGCCUGUUGGCAAAUCAGAACACCCAGCCCCCCCAAAGAAGCCCCCUCGACCUGGAGCCCAGAGCCAAGUGGGUAGUUUGGCAAGUCUAAAUACUGGAGACGGGUACAAUGAUGGAGUCAAGCUGCAGCCUCAAGAAAUAAGCCCGCCCCCCACAGCCAACCUGGACCGCUCGAACGACAAAGUGUACGAGAAUGUGACGGGAUUGGUUAAAGCUGUGAUAGAGAUGUCAAGCAAGAUUCAGCCAGCUCCACCCGAGGAAUAUGUACCAAUGGUCAAGGAUGUGGGUCUGGCGCUGAGGACGUUAUUGGCCACAGUAGAUGAGACUCUACCUCAGCUUCCAGCCAGCACACACAGAGAGAUUGAGAUGGCGCAAAAGCUGUUGAACUCUGACUUGGCAGAACUAAUCGGGAAGAUGAAGUUAGCCCAACAAUAUGUGAUGACCAGUCUCCAGCAGGACUACAAGAAGCAGAUGCUGACAGCAGCUCACGCUCUUGCUGUUGAUGCCAAGAACCUCCUGGACGUCAUCGACCAAUCACGGCUCAAGAUGAUGGCCCACUCUCGCCCACACUAGCCCCACGCCGGCUGAGCCGACCAGCGGGAGACGCGGCCCCUCUGUGGUCUCUGUUGGUAGAGCAGAACUAAAAGACUCCUGGUUUAGUGGCGUCAGUCGUUGACAAAGGAUACUGCAUUACCCUGCUGGAGUGAACAAUGGCUCCUCUCUUCUGAUCACAUCCCAGGAAAAAUCAUUUCAUGUUUAAUCCUGCAUUAACCUGGGAUUAAAUUCUCAACCACUGUGACUUUUCUACAACAAAUACAACAACAACAAAGCAACAGCACUUCCUGAAUCAGAGACUUGGCAGCUUCACUCUCUUAGGACUGGACUAUGACAAUGGGAGGAGAAAUGCAAACAAGAUGACAUUUUUCACGUCUGUGGAGGUCUAAUGCAAGUAAAAACUUUUGACUGCAUCCGACACUGUCCUGGGAGCGGUUUGGGCUGCAGUUGCUGGCGGAGGAUUUCUCACUGGAGUCAAUCAGAACCUGAUUGAGCUGUGAUUGGUCGGAAACAUAUCUAUGAAUUUUCACAGUGGAAUUGAGCCAGCAGCCGUGUCAGUGUGCUUAUCCAGCAUAUGUUUUGAUCUGUGGUUGUGAAACAUAAUACAGGCAGGUCAGACUAAAUGUUUUUUCUAUUCUGCUUCGAUCAUGCGUGAUGCUUCGAGCAGACACUUCCACAAGACCACUCAGUCAGCCCGGAGAAGCAGCUUCCACCCUUCAUACCUUCCACCUUCUCCCUCCUGAAUCUGGUCACUUGUUCCCACCAGCUUUUAUUUAUAAACUGAAAUUACAGGGGAGGAGGCGAAGGGAGGAACAGAAAAAGCAGAUAAAAUCUUCAGGGCAGUAUUGAGAAAGAGCACGCUUUUCUCUUUCUUCUGUUUCACUCAGCAUUUCCCUCUCGUGGUCGUCUCUUCUUGCGGUCUUCCUCAGCUGCUCUCUGAGCAGGUUCUAAAGACUCCAAAUGUGAAGAAUUAAAUCUGUCGGAGUAAACACUACAGGAAACUUCUCAGUUUAGUUUACUCUUUAUUUAUCGGCUGGCUCCAUGUUUUGUUGUGUUCUUUUCGCGGUCACAAUCUUCUUCCUCUUUACUAAAAAACUGUUUGUAACUCGGAAUACAGACGGAUAUAUUUCUGAUUAUGACUGAAGAUCAAAGAAGUGCGAUCAACUAAGCAAAGAGUUGAUUGCACUAAUCCGAACUGCUUCUGUGGGGCAACCACCUCCUCUUUUUCUCCUCUUUUGCUCCCAAGCAGUCCCAGUACGGUUCAUAUGUUCCUCAUAGAUGACUGGUGUCGCACCUAUAAGUGUCCAGUCACAAAGCAGUGACAUAAAAACUGCAUUUCAUGGCAAACACGUUGCACCUGUAACAUUCUGAGUCCCUGGUUCUGUCAGGCGUGUUACACUUUAACGAAGUCCCUCCCAACAACAGUCUCCAAGGAAACAAACACACACCUGAAAUGCGGAGCCGCAUGACUGAAACUCGCCGUGGAGUCACAAAAACACUGAACUGAAAAUGCAGCGGAUCACGUGUGUCUUUGUUCGUACUGACCCCACAUGGAGUUUGACAGACUGCUAUAUGAAAUAUAUUGGUGACUUUACUGGUAUAGCAUGAUAUACCGGUAAGGAGAAGAGCAUAUUUGCACAGCACCGGAAAAAACAAAUCCCACAUCCUCAACUUUUAAUCCUAUUCUACCCUGAUGUUAUUUUCUGUGUUUAACACGCAAGGAAAUUAUCAAACAUCUGGGUGUUUUAUGGAUUAAAUUGUUGUAGAAAAAAAAAAAAUGACACGCACACAAAAAAAUACAAUCUAUUUUAUCUCAGUGUUGUUGCGUAAAUCUGCUCAUGUUGGUAUAUUGUAAGCUAUACUGGUGUGUAUCACUGGUGAAUUGUACAGAACUCGUACUAGUAAACACUGGUUUUUAUUUUGUCUUCUGGGCUCAAUCAGCCACCUUGUCAAAUAGGAGUAAAAAAAACAAUGAAAUAAAAUAAUUAUGAAAUGGAAAUGA